AGGCACCGUGUCAAAUAAUGAACAACAACUACAGGAGGUUGAGCGUUUCGCGCGGUUUUUGAGAUUUUCCAAAAACCUUUGUCAAUUUUUUUUCAACUCCUCGCUUGUGUCGUGUAGCUUUUGUUGUACGAUGUCUGAGCAGGAGGAUCAGAAUACAGAGCCGGCCGUUAAUCGUCCUCCCAAGCGAAAACUGUUAAGAAAACGACAAAAUCGUGACGACAUCUUUUCGUACAAAGGACAAAUACCGUUGUCAUUUAGAACGAAGCAAGUUAAGGUGGAUACGGACAGCUCCGAUUCGGAUAAUGACGACGCUUUUCAGCGAGUGCACUCGGAAGAUAACGUGAAAAGCGAAUCCCCUAAAGCAAGGGACAGUGAUAGCGAUCGAGACGAAGAUGACAUUUUGAUCACAAGUGACAAGUCUUUGGAAGAAAUUGACAGCUCCACAAGUGACAUCAGAGAGACAAGUUUUACUAGAUCACCAUCACCGCCACCACCAUGCCCAGAACUUUCCACAGCUACACUUAUCAAGAUUAACCAACGCCAAGCUAACAAUAGAAAGCGAAGAGAACUUGACAAUGUGUUGGAUGCACUGAAAAAGUCAGCUGAUAACAGCUGGUCCUCGCCUGACAGUGUCCUACAGGGCAGUGUGAUUAAUCUUGAUGACAGUUAUGGUCUUCCGAGUCCAUCUGAGCGGAAUGUUGUGGUAAAGGUUCGAACAAGGUCCGGAAUAAGAAGAUUCACUAUGAAGGCUGCAGAAUCAUUUGGAAAGAUCAUAUCACAGCUUGCAGCACAGGAAGGUGUGACGGAGGACAAGAUCAUGUUAAGCCUUUCAGAUAUCAACAUCCUGGGCUAUGAUACACCUAUUUCUAUUCAUCUCAGUGUGGCCGAUAUCAUUGAAUGUUUGGUUGUGGAUGCGCCAGUGGCAGACAGAGAAGAAGAGGAUGAAGAAAACACAAUUGAAAUAAAAGUUCAGGGGAAUGAUCCUGACUCUAAGAAAACAUUUAAAGUAACAAAGACCGACCCGUUAGAGAAACUAAUGGCAGCCUAUUGCGAAUUUAGAAACCUUCCACGCUCACGACUCAAGUUUUUGUUUGAUGGAGACGAGCUGAAAGGAGGUGAAACGCCAGAACAGUUAGAUAUGGAGAAUGAAGAUGUUAUAGAUGUCAGAAUAAGUAGUUUGUGAGAACAUCAACUAGUGUAGGAACAAAUUCUGCGGGAAGAAUGCAGCUUGUCACAAACUGAGAUGUUUUGAACAAUUGGUGACAGUGUUUAAUGAGUUUGGAUCAUUUUUCUGGUGGGAUUUCGGAAUGUGGUUUGUGUUUACAACUAUUCUGUCUGUGCCUCACUUGAACAGUGUUUGGUAAAUGACCUAUGAAUGGAUGGCAAAAGUGAUCAUUCUGAUCCUAGGCUCCGAAAGCACCCAACAUAACCACUUACAACCUGCUUAAAAUCAGAAGAAACAAGUUUACGCCGAGGGUUUUCUGUGAUGCAUGUGCCUACUUCGCUUUUGUUGCUCGCGUUGAAAGACUUGUAAUGACGGAUUACUUCUGUCGUCAUAUAACAAUAAUAUGAUGAAGCGUACUUAAUCAUCUUCAGGUUAACUACAAAAACCAAGUCUAGAAAGCUCUGCUGGCAGAGCGCAAGAACAUUGCAGUUUUAACGCUAAAACGCGCCCUUUCUUGCCGCUUGGUCCUUGUUUUGAUACUAUUUGAAACAGAGACGGUUAAAGAUUUCAUUGUGAAGAAUGAAGUUUUAGACUGUAUGGUCUGUUUUUGGUGCUUUCGUCUAGUAAGUUUCGGACCUCGUAAAAACUAGAUACUUGUGCCGUCAUAAGCGCUGUUUUGUGAAGUUAGAAUUUGCGUCCCAAAGAAAGUGUUCAGUCACUCUCGAUUCUCAGUCAGUGUAGCAGUGUUUGUAAAUAUUCUUAGAGUUAUUGACAAUGUCAUGAGAAUAAAAUCUGGACUUAAUUCAACUA